UGGAUGUUGGGAAAAUGUUCUUCACAGAGAGAGCUUGGUCAGGAACCAAGCCUGUCAGAGUACGAGAAGCAUCUGGGCAAUGCUCUUACUCAUAUGGUUUAGUUUUAGGCAGUCCUGUGAGAAGCAGGGAUUUUGAUUUGAUGAUCCUUAUGGGUCCCUUCCAACUUGAGAUAUUGUGUGAUUCUGUGAUCUGCACUAGGUGCCUUCUUUUGCCAUAGUUUCAAGCACUUCUGUAAGAAAGGGGGUUGCCCAGGUUGAAGUGUUGUGUUCUCUUCUGUGUGCAUGUGAAUUUAUUGCUUCAUCUCACCACCUUUUUUGCACACUACUCGAUCUUUACAUCUCAUGGCUUACUGCUUUAGCUUAUCUAGCUUAGGCCAGGGGUGACUUCCCAGUGCUUAUACUUUCACAGGUAUAUGGCAAAGAAUGUUCAGUUCUGGGAGUUGUCAUGUCCAGGGAAACACAAGUUUGAGCCCAUUCAGAAAUGGACUAGCCUCACAGUUACCCUGGAUGCUGUACGUAUGGGAGCACUCACUGGCUAAAAACAGGUUCCUGAUCCUCCAGCAGUGAAGGCUACUGAGCACAUUACUGCCCCAACAUCAGCCCAGGCUCUCACUUGAGUGCUUAGACCAGCUGCAGAGCCCACUUAGUCUUGCCAUGUAGACACUGCUUUUCUUUAUAAGAAUGUGCCGUAGAGCUUUGAAGCAUCCUUGCAGUUUUAAUGUAUGUUAAAUUUGUAUUUGUGCCACACAGCACACAAGUCACAGAAUCAGAGAAUGUUUUGGGUGGAAGGGAUUUCAAUGAUCACCCAGUCCAAGUGAUACCUUGCAGUGAUACCUUCUAUUAAACCAGGUUACUCAAAGCCCCAGCCAACCUGCCUUUUAACACUUUCACUGGUGGGGCAUCCACAGCUUCUCUGUGCAACCUAUUCUAGUGUCUCACUACUGUCAUUAUAAAAAACUUCUUCAUUAUUGCCAAUCUAAAUCUACCCUCUCUCAGUUUAAAACCUUGUUGAUGACUAACAGGUAUAAUGAAUGUAAGUAUUUUUGUCUCUUCAGCAAUGCUAAAUGUCAGCAUGCCUCUCCUUGCUCAGUUUGUCAAAAAACAUGUGAAGAAGCAAGAGUCCACCAAUUCUUUACUAGCUGCAGAGUUUGCAGCAUACUUGGGUUUUGGUUAUUGUGCAGAAGACAGCUAGACUGUAAAUUUGAAAGAGAGGAAAGAUUGGAAAACCCAUGGGUCCACUUUAUUUAGGAAGAACAACCAAGUCCCUAGGAAUUGUGUGUCUCCCUCACUUAGGCUGCCUUUGUUCUUAACAGGUGAUCCACCCCACUUGCUGUCCUGUGUCUUUUGUCCUGUUCCUCACAGGUACUCCACAAUCCCAUACUUUUGACUCAUGGAGAUCCUCACAGGGUUUACAGGGACCUUAAAGAUUCACCCCAAAGUGACUGACCACUUGACACACAAAAUCUAUUCUCUUACUCACCCUUAGAACUCCCCCAGGUCAUCUGUCUCACAGAUAUUCUUCCUGAGUGGACCUAGGGGUAUUCUUUCCUUUGUAGCACAUCUCUUUUGCUUGUGUGUGAUGGCUUAUGGACAGCAGAUGAUAGAGUCUCAAGUCUGUAUUUAAUGAAAUCCAAUUAUCUUCCCACUGCAUAUUUGACCCUUUUCCAGAGACAGAAGAAAGGCUAGGAUAGAGUCAGGCAUCUUGCAGGAUUUAUAAAUGUAUGCUCCAAUACUUACUCUCAGUACUCUCAGCUCUGCAGGGAGUAGGAAUUGUCUGGAGGUGAGAGGUGUAAGGGACAGGAGGGAAGACAAGGGAUCAAGAAUCUGUCUUGAGACAGUGUCAUGGAGAAUUUGUACUUCCACAUUAAGAAGGAAGGCAACUAGGAACCAAGAUCUUCCCCUUCCUUCUGUGUGUGCCCAACAGUAGUUGUUUCCUCCUGACUGAUAUGAGAGACAUCCUUCUCAGUCUUCUGUAGCUUCCUUCAGUUCUCGUUAGCCAUGUGUGUUCUCUGUCCCUGCUGUGUUUUCUCCCUUCUCUCUCUUGAAAGAGAUCAUCAGUAGCUGUGUCUGUUCUGGGUCUAGUGAGUGUGCUUCCUUCCCUCUGUCCACACUGAAAUGCUUAAUACAAUUGAAAUGGAGAAACUGUGAUUACAUAGGAAUUGGGAAUUCUCUUACAUGGUGACAAUUGCUUUCAGUUAAGAGAGAGUUAAAAUCCUUCUCAAGACAGCCACACCUUGCUCUGGGUAAAUGCUAGGGAGGAGCAGUCCUCCCAGGUCUAGAGUCUAGGAUGUUAGCUUUCAGAUCCUGUGAUAAGAAGAAAGGUGGGGGCUAAGAAAUUUUUCUGAGUUUACUUCAAACCUAGUCCUUUAGGGUAAUCACCUGAAGAACACUGAAGAACAAUCCUAAGCGCAGAUACAGGGUACAUGGAGAAUUAACUGAGAGCAGCCCUGCUGAGAAGGACUUGAGGGUGUUGGUUGACAAGAAGCUCAACGUGACCUGGCAAUGUGUUGCAGCCCAGAAAGCCAAUCAUGUCCUGGGGUGCAUCAAAAGCAGUGGAACCAGCAGGUUGAGGGAGGGGAUUGUGCCCCUCUGCUUCACUCUUGUGAGACAGCACCUGGAGUACUGCAUCUAGCUCUGGAGUCCCUAGGAAGGGAAGACAUAGAUCUGUUAGAAUGAGUCCAGAGGAGGGCCACCAAGAUGAUCAGAGAGCUGGAGCACCUCUCAUAUGAAGACAGGCUGAGAGAGUUGGGGUUGUUCAGACUGGAGAAAAGAGAGCUCUGCGGAGACCUUAGAGCCCCUUCCAGUACCUGAAAGAAACUACAGGACAGCUGGAGAGAGGCUUUUUACAAGGACAUGGAGUGAUAAGAAAAGGGGUACUGACUUUAAACUGAAAGGAGGCAAGUUUAGAUUAGAUGUUAGGAAGAAAUUCUUUACUGAGGGGAUGGUAAGGCACUGGAGCAGGUUUUCCAGAGGAGCUGUGUGUGCCCCAUCCAUGGAAGUGUUCAAAGCCAGAUUGGAUGGGGCUUUGAGCACCUGGUCUAGGGGAGUGGAGUGAAGAGCUCAGCAGCAUCAAUCCUUAUUUGGACAAAAAAGCUUCCUAGGUCUUGUUUUGCCCGUGUUUUCCGGGCAUUGUUUCAGGGCUGGGGGGAGGACAUGAAACUGCAGAAACUUGUUUGCCCCAUUGCUUUUGCUCUCCUGAGCCCCAUGGUUCAGUGGACGGAGAGGGGGUCAGGUGCUGUCUUGCCUUUGUCUGAGAAAAUGAUGGAGGGUGCUCUCUAUGGGAAGUGGUUUUGUUUGUUCAGUGGUGGAUACCCUUUUGUAAGUAGAGCACUCUCUCUUUUGUUCUCUCUUUAAUUGAUAUCGAUGUGGUUAUGGUGAGUUUUUCAGUAAAACUGUGAUUCCAAGUUGUGUUCUCUCCAAGUGUUUCCUCUGUUGUUGUAAGGGAUCAGGGGAGUGGGCAACUUGAGUGGGAUUAAUUUUCCUACUGGGUUUUUAAACCAGCACAAUGGGCAGUGUAGUUUUUGUCCUAUGUUAAUCAACAUGUUUGACUCAUAAAUCUUAUGUAAAACAACAGUGGAGUCUCAUGAUAGUUUGGGUGGAAAAACAGAGCUUCCAGGCAUGUCCAGAGGAUAAGAAAUGAGAAUGAUGCUGUCAUUCUUGAUCAAGUUGCUGUUUCUAAGCGCCCUGGGGCUUGUGGCAAAUCCAAAUCCAGGAUGCAGCUGCCCCAGGACUUACCAUUUUCCUGUGUUUGCAUGACAAGGAUUUGCUUUCAGGGUAGCCAAACAUGAAAUGCAUGGGAAGAUUGGUGUUGGCACGGGAUGCCGUCCAGGAAAGGGCCACGCCCCCUCGGUGCAGCUCCUCUCCUUGCAGUAGGUGGUGCGCUCCAAGUCACUCCUCUGAAUCUUGAAUGACAGAGACUGAGUGAGAGUGGGUUGUGCUCACCGCCACAAAGCCUUCCUGUUUGCAAAGUCACAGCUGCUGCAGCUCAACAGAAGGCAACCUCAGGGAAAAGCUAAGCCAAACUUUCAAACUGAGGGAGCCUCAAUAGAGCACGUGUCACCCAUAGACCCCGAAGGGCUUGGCAAUCGAGGUUAGUACCACCCUCCUUACUUCGUAGAUGGGAAAACAGAUGAAACAAAGCGACGGAAAAGGGAAGUUAUUUUCUUGAGAUUGCAAAGCAGUUUGGGUCAGGAAACUAGGGCAUGAAUCUCCUGUGCCUAGACCUUCUCUCCUAGGUACUGUGUGACUUCAACUGACGGUUAUUCCGGGGAGCUGGUUAUCUCCAUCGUUUGUGCUCGCUCUCCCCCAGCCUCUGAGUAACUCCUAAUACUAAGCAAGAGCUUUUAAUGCCGAAGUGAAAGUAGAAAAAUACAACUUUGGAAUAGCACAUUACAGCAACUGCAUGUAGCUCUGUACGUAUCUAAUUAGGAGCUAAAAUGUGAACUACAUGUUUGAAUUAUGUUGUGUUUUUCUGUUGAUACAAUCUUUUCAUUUUCUGGCUGUUUCUGUGUGAACCACCUCUACCAAGCAAGUUCCUAGUAGACUUCCUGGAACCUCUGGCACUCUCCCUCUCCAAAUAAACUGUUAAUAGGAAAGUGAAUACCUGUAAUUCCUUAUUUUGUCCCAUGGUGCUUAGCAGAAUUUGUUGAAACAGUCAUUUUCUUUGCCUCCAUCACCUUGAUAUACUUGUCACUUUAGUUUUUUAAUUUUUAAAUUUAAAUUUGUAAUUUAAGUUAAAUUUAAAUAAUUUUUAAAAUUAUUUUAAUGGUAAAUAGUGUGAUAACAAAGCCAAAAAAGCAAACAAAAAAUUACCAAAAACCCGAAAAAGUUGUGUCCACAAAGCUGAUUCCUGUUUUGUUUGGAGUUCCUACUAGACAAGAAAAUUACUCUGCAGGGUUUUUACAGCUGUCCUUUAUUGCUGAGCCAUGCUGUAAUGGAUGUUGGUUUUCUCUCCACCAGAUAGGAGCUUCCUGAAGAUGAAACCAUCUGCCACCUAUGAGCUGUUAGUGGACGGUGUUGGGCCAUGGGACUUCACUGGUGGUUUUGUUCCUUGUGAACUGCUCCUUGUUGGAGAGGAUGCCUUCCCUGUACUCCUGAGCGCUAAGAAGCAGGUUCUGAUUGCUGUUUCACAGUAUGGGAAGGGCCGGAUGGUGGUUGUUUCCCAUGAAGGAAUCUUGAAGGACUCCAAGUUUUCCCAGUUCCUCAGAAAUGCUGUGGAGUGGCUCAAGCCUUGCACCGAGGCCCUGGUUGGGGUGCAUUCUCAGUUGGAUUCCCUCUCCCAGGUGCUGCUCAGGGCUGGCACUAAGGUACAGGCUGGGGCAGAGCUCAGCCCCUCCCUGGGGGUGUACUGUGUGGAUGCCUAUGACAGCUCGAAGGCGAAAGACCUGGUUGGCUUUGUAAAAGCCGGGGGAGGGCUGCUCAUUGGAGGCCAAGCCUGGCACUGGGCUAGUCAACAUGGCAAGGAGAAGGUGCUGUUCGAAUUCCCUGGGAACCAAGUGACCAGCGUAGCUGGCGUGUACUUCACAGGAAACGCUGUGGAAAAAGGCAUCUUCAAAGUAGCCAAGAAAAUUCCCAAGAUCCCAUUAGUUGUCCAGCACCAGACCGACCUCAGCCUUGAUGCUGAGUUUCUCCUGCGCGGUGUGCUGGAGCUGGAUUUGAUGACGGGGGGCAUUCCCUCCACCCUGCUGGUGCACGGUGUCCUCUCCUUCCCCCUCUGCCUGGACAGCUCUCACCGCUGCCUCUUGGCUGCGGCACACUAUGGCCAAGGCCGUGUCGUGGUGGCGACCCACGAGAGCCAUCUGUUCUCCCCUAAGCUGGCCAGAUUCCUGCUCAAUGCUGUCUGCUGGCUGGAUGCCGGGAGGAAGGGGCUGGUGGGUGUGAAUCCCAGCCUGAAGAAACUGUGUAGCCUCCUCUCUCCGGAAGGGGUGAAGUCACAGGUGUCAGAGCUGACAGGUGACCUCAGCGUGUACUGCUGCUCUUCUUACAGCGACAGAGAGGCAGAAAGGAUUCACGCUUUCGUGGCAGAGGGAGGUGGCCUAUUGGUGGGAGGCCAGGCCUGGUACUGGGCUUCCCAGAACCGUGGCAAAGCCGCUGUGGCAGAAUAUCCUGGCAACAAAAUCCUGAACCGCUUUGGGCUGAGUAUCCUGGGGCAGAGUGGCCAGGCGGCCAAGCACCGGCCCGUGGGGCCUGGGGAGCACUACCACUUCCGCAAGGCGCUCCUGCUCUUCAGCACGCAGGUGCGCAAAUGUGAGGAGCUCACGGGGCCCCUGAAGGACUGGCUGCACUGCCUGGCACGAGACUGCGCUGCCUUCCUGCGCAUCCCAGCCCACGACUGCCCAGCGUAUGCCUCGCUGCGCCGCAUCCUGACCAAAGUGCUUCAGAGAAGCGGGAUCCCGCAGGUCAGCAGGCAAUGCCCCGUCAAGAGAAACUCCAAAGAGGCAGUCCUGCUCUGCAUGGCAACCGAGCUGUCCCUCACCAUGACAGACAGCGCAGCCCUGGUGCAGAAAUGUGCUGCUGGAGUCUGCGCCCUCCCCAUCGCUGUGGAAAUUGAUGGCACAAACCCAGGACUGUGUUAUAUCUUACCUUUAGGUAAGACAGCCUGGAGGAGUACAGGACUCUACCUCCCUGAAGGGCACACAGCAGUUAUAUCGUGGCCUUGCCUAGUGGUCGGUGCUGGUCUGAAGGUGCAGAUUGGGUGUCACACAGAUGACCUCUCUCAUGCCAAAGAGCUGAAGCGGGCGCCAGUGGUAAUACGCACCUGUGAUGUUGCCUGCCAGAAGCAGUCCAUUUCUUGCCUCUGGGGUGGCCUGAUUUAUAUCAUAGUACCAGCAAGGAGUGUCCUGGGGAAGGUGCCCAUCACAGUGGAAGGGGCAGUCAGAGCUCCUUUCUUCAAACUUGGGGAGACUUGUGAAAGCCAGUGGAAGGAUUGUAUCCGACACUACCCUGCUCCCUGGGCAGAACUGGCUGUUGAGAAUCUUAUCCUGACGGUACCCUCCGACAGCAUCCGCCACAUGGAGAACCCACGGCCACUGCUGACCCUGUGGAAUGAGAUCAUGGUGGCAAUAAGCAAAUUGGCAGCCAUACCAACGAAAUUCCCAAGGCCAGAGAGGAUUGUAACAGAUGUCCAGAUCUCAUGUGGCUGGAUGCACGCUGGAUACCCCAUCAUGGGCCACCUAGAUUCGGUGAAGGAGAUGUUAGAUGUGAAGCAUAUGCAAACUACUGGUCUUUGGGGUCCUAUCCAUGAGCUGGGACACAAUCAACAGCAGCAAGCAUGGGAAUUUCCCCCUCAUACCACAGAGGCCACAUGCAACCUCUGGUCUGUCUAUGUUCAUGAGAAGGUGCUGGGGAUUCCCAGACAUCAGGCCCAUCAGGCCCUUAAGUCACAGUGUCGGCAGGAAAGGAUAAAAGAGUAUCUGAGGAAAGGCGCUCAGCUAAAGGACUGGAACGUGUGGACUGCUCUGGAGACAUACCUGCAGUUGCAGGAAGGGUUUGGUUGGGACCCCUUCAUCCACCUCUUCUCUGACUACCAGAAAAUGUCCACCAUCCCAAAAGACAACCCUUCUAAGAUGAACUUGUGGGCACAGAAGUUUUCUCAGCAGGUGAAUAAAAAUUUGGCUCCAUUCUUUAUGGCCUGGGGAUGGCCUAUCAAGAAAGAGCUGUCUCUGGAACUGUCCUCUCUACCCAGCUGGGAACAGGACCCAAUGAGAUCCUAUAAACCAUAAAGGAAAACUAUAUAAAUCUUGGUUCUCAUACUAGCUAUGGCCUAUCUUUUUCUCCUUGUGUGCUGCAUAAUAGCUCACUAUGUGCUUAGAUUUACACUGGAUUCUUCAGCUUCUUGCUGACAAUGGAGGCCAACCCAACAGAAAUUCAACAGGAAUUUAUCUGCAGAUCUGCAAUCUAAGCUAUCUUCUGAAGGAUUAAAUAAUCAAUGAGCUUUGUUCUGGGUUCUUCACCUCAGGAGGAAUGUAAUUCUGAGUUUAUUUAGUUUCUACAGAACCUUUCUCUGAUGAAAUGGAAGUUUUCAGGGUGAAGCAGUCACUGGAACAGUCUCAAGGACAAUAUCAAGGGAGUAUAGAUCUUUAGAGCAAAUAGUAGCCUUCACAAUGUUGUACUCUUCAGUUAUAACCUCAGUGACAUGAGAUUUUAACUAUUGUUUCUAUAACACUAAAAUCCCUAAUUUUUAAUUCCUCUAAUUAUGCAGAACUUCCACACCUACUAUUAUGAAAGUGACCUUGUAAGGCUUAUAUACAGGUUAUAUAAUGCAUAGCUGAUACUGAAAUGCUGUAGAUUUCUUCCUACGUUCUAUGACUGUGUGACCCAACAUCCAGCUUUAUGUGAAUAAGUCAAUUGUAAGUUGUUGCUGUCACUCUUAACCGUGGCCUGACAACAAGAUACAUCCAGUGUAGAUGGGAGAGUGGGAGCAAAGAGGUGACUUGAUUGUAGUCAGUAAUGGUUUAACUCAUGGGCUCAGCAAAAGUUAAAACACAGGCACUGACCUGACAGCAUGAGGGAGCAGAGAGAAGGAAGACAACAGUUCAUCAAGACAGUAAAAAAAGACCAGAAUAGAAAUUACCCAGAUACUUGUUACAACAGCUUUUCAUUUUUGUGUUGGCUCAGAUAUGGUUCUGAUUUCCCAAUGAUUCAUAGGCCUAAUAUUUUACUUGGUGUUUCAAACUUUUUUCCAUUCUUAUUCACAACUGGUAUGAGUUUAUCUUCCAAUAAAAUAAAUGCAGAGGCCAAUCAUAGUUUAAACAAUGUCUCAGUACUGGUUUGGAGGUUCGGAAGACUUAUAUGGUAUAAAGAUUUAGAUCUGACCCUACCUACGGAAGCAUAUUUUAUCUCUAAUGAGUUUAUGAAUAAAAGUUUAGCUUGUGUCCACUUAAAAAAUAUACCAAAUGUAUCAAAGUACUAUCAGAUCUGUUAUCAGAUCAGUAUGUAAACUAGGGGGAGUUGGCUGGGUGCCACUGAUCACAGCUCAGGGACAGGCUGGGCAUCGGUCAGCGACUGGACUCUGCAUCACUCGGGUUUCCUGGGUUUUAUUCCUCUCUGUGUCUCUUUCUCUGCCUGUCAUUGCAACUAUUGUUGUUAUUAUUAUCAUUAGCAUUAUUGUUAUAUUUUACUUUCCUUCAGUUAUUAAACUGUUCUUAACCCACAACUUUUACCUUUCUUUCAUUCUACUUCAUCCCGCCCCAUCCCCUGCUCAGAGGUAAGGCAGUGAGCAACAGGCUAUGUGGUGCUUAGUUUCCAGCUGAUGUUAAACCAUGACGUGCAUGAAACAUUGAAUAAUUUCUGUGAAAUUUUAUUUCAAGCAGCAGUUACAGAACAAUUCAUCAUGCAUGGGAAAAUCUUUGAACACACCUGAGACCGACCUGAACAGGAGGUGAAGUGUAAAAAAAGUAAAAUAGAUUAGGAGGCCACAUUGACCUUAGCAAAAAUAAAAGCAGAAACAGAGGAUUUUCGUGCUGUGAUAAACUAGGUGGGUUCAGUAGUGAGGUUUUCAGAUUACAUGUAGACUUACUGGCUUCAUUUUUACAGUCAGUUUGCCUUUAAUGGAAAGUUGUCUGCUGUUUCUAUUUACUCCUUUCUUCUAGUGGGGAACCCAACAAAGAUUUGAUUAAGGCUUUCCUAUUAUUAUCAGGCUAAGGGUGAUUUCACUAAUAGCUGAAGCAUUGGAUUUACCAAGGCACUUGGAGAAACACACUGAGGCACAAUACCUCUUCAAGGACAAAUGUGAAAUAAAAUAGCAAUGACUGUCAAUUUUAUUAACUACUUUUGUAUAAGCUUUCUGGCUAGCAGCAAAAUAUUUUCAAACAUGGCUUUUUCUUCUGUUGAUAGUAAAGAACUCAGUGGUACUGAAGGAGCUGGUGAUUUAAUAGCAGGUCCUACUCUUUUUUUUUUUUCCCUAAAAAUUUAGUUAGACUACUAGAGAAAUUUGUGCUAAUUGUAUUGGUUAUUUUAGCCUUUGAUUUUCUGGCAGCAACUUUAGGAAGUAAUCCACAAACCAAGCAUAGAUAAAGUGGGAUUCAUCU